UCUCCAAGAGUCCCAACCUCCCCCGUUUCGUGUGCCGCACGGAUGCGGCCCACUCCGUUGACUUUACUCUAUACCGUAUAAUCACGACUAUUCCCGGCGAUCACCAUCAUGUCUUCAAGUCCGUUCACCGUUCUCAUCCAAUACGACGUCAGCGUUCGCAACGCGAAGACUUCCUGCUUCUCUACCACCAGAUCCGAUGCACUACAAUUGAUUUUUUCGUAUCUCAAACAAGACCUCUGGAGUCUGGGGAUUCCUCUGCCCACUUUAUCGAGCAUGCUCAAUUGGUCGCAAGGCGUGAUUAUGUGCUAUUUGGGACGGGGAGGCGGCUCGGAAACACGGUAUGACACGUCUAGAUUCCGCUGUGCGCUUGGGCCGUUUGCCAGAGCUCAGCAUUAAAGAGAUGAGAUUGCCGUCUUGGAUCAACGUGAGCGGACCGAUCCCACCCAGCGUAGUGGGACCUCCCAAACGACCCCGGUCUCCAUACAACGACUCCCCCCAGGCUAAGCGCCCCCGUGACGACCGCUACUCUAGCGAACGGAUCUCAGUCGACACCGCUGCAGGUACUACUCUGGGCAACACUACUCCGGCAUCCCACUCGGCGUCAGCUCGCGGCCCGUCUCACUACGAAUCGGUACAGCCUCGUCUGGCCAACCUCUCUAGCGCUCCUACUUCACAGGCUACUCCGACGGACCUUUCAAUGUCAUGGCUCGAUAACACUCACUUAAAUCGGAAGAGGCAACCUACUGGCGGAUCUGGAUCGGGGCCUCACGUUACUGUACUGCAUGAUCGUGUCAACACAAACGUACCUACACGUACCAAGGCUGCGGACAUCACAAACUCGACCAAGCCUGAAGCUUCUGUGGGGGACACUACCGCUCGUUCUCAGGUAGACUCUAUGGCUCGCUCAGCUCCGGCUCCCCCGGUCACUUCUGGCGGUAACACUCGGGCUACUGCCUCGACUGUCGAUCCACGUCCCGCUGCCCAACGUAGGAUCUCCUCUGGACCUGCGAACAACGCCUCUGGUAGCUCCUCUGGAUCGGCCUCACGUAUCGCAACUGUCCCGUCUCGAUCAUCUGUUAUCUCUACGCAGGUUUUGUACACGGCACUCGGGAUACCCUGUCCUCACGACCCGUGCCGAAAGGUUGCGCAGGAGCUCAAGAAUGCGACAGAGAAGAUAGUCGCGCUGGUCCAGGAAGUGGACGCAUCCAAGAGGGAAGCUGCAAAUUGGGACCAUGCGCGGACCCGCAUGGAGGCGAAGAACAUCGAGACAGAAGCGAAGAACAUCGAGACAGAAGCGAAGAACAUGACCUUGGAAGCGAGGAUCAGGCCAGGAAACCGGGACCUCGAACGCGAGCGCCAGCGUGUCGCUAGCUAUAUGCAAGUGAUUGAGACCGAGAAGGCCAUUGUUCGCGUGAUCGCCAAAGACAAAGAAGGUAGGUUUUCCGCUUGGGUACCGGUCGUAAGGUUGGGCUGACAUGGAGAAGGCCUCGAGAAGCGGGUUGACUGCUUGGUGGCGGAGAUACAGAAGCUUGCACCUGUAGGCUACG